GAAAAAGUUGGAAUGACCCUGGCCAUUAUUAAAGAGCUCGCACAGAAUUUACUCGGAUUGAGAAAUAAGUAUUCAGGCAAUACACGAUUGGAUGGACAGGUAGUGGUAAUAACGGGCGCUAAUCAGGGUAUUGGCAAAGAGACUGCAUAUCAACUAUCACUUCGCGGAGCAAAGAUAAUCAUUGGCUGUAGGGAUGAGUUGAGGGCAGAGAAUGCCAUCAAAGAGAUUGUGUCGAGGAAUCCAAACGCAAACAUAAUUCACAUUAAACUCGAUUUGUCUUCUCUUCAUGAAUAUUGUUUAGGACACUAUCUCUUAACACUACAAUUACUGCCAUUACUGCGAAAGGCACCGAAAGCCCGGAUUAUAAACGUGUCGUCGAGUGUCUACGCGUCCGGAAAAAUAAAUUUCGAGAAUAUAAACCUACGUAACGGUGCUUUCGAAAUGUGGACAGCCUACUCACAGAGCAAGUUGGCUAACGUUUUGUUCACCCGCGAGUUGGCUAAACGUUUGGGUGACACCACAAUCAAUGCCUAUUCACUACAUCCCGGAAUUAUAAACACGGAAUGGUACCGACAUAUUGAGUCCCCUGUUGGCAAGUUUAUCGCAAAAAAUUUCACCAAAAUGUUUGCCAUAUCUAUCGAGAGGGGCACUCAGACCACCCUUUACUGCGCUCUCGAGGAAUCACUGGACAACGAAUCCGGAUUUUAUUAUGACAAUUGUUUACUCGUGGAUAACAUGUAUGCGAACGCGACGGACGAUAAAAGUGCGGAAAAGUUGUGGGAAUUGAGCGCAGAUUUGGUUAAAUUGGAGGAUAAAUACAGACUUCCCAAACAUAUCUGA